UUAUUCGGCGCUAUGCUCCGCCACGGGGCGAGCCUUUCGACUCAGUUUUAACGCGCACGUUUUAUGAAACGACAACUAUGCUUCGAUGUUCGCUCGCAAGCAAUAAUUAUUCAUAUCGGGACCGCUUCUACGCGCCGCGGUAAACAAUUUCGCGAUUUCAUUAGGCGUUCUAAAAUUAAAAAGAGUUGUAUUUUUAUUUAUUUAUUUUUUAUUAUAACCUCGCCGCCGGUGCCGGCGCGGUUGUCUCCGCGAAUCUUAAUAGCAGUUAAUCAUAGUUUAUUUUUACCGUGCAACGUGUGUUAAUAAUUGUGUUGGGGCCACUUGUCGCAUUUUUAUUUUGUGUUCGCGUUUGAUUGAAAUUCGCGAUUUGAAUUGCGGAAGUUUCGCGUGUGAUACAUGAAGUAUAAGUUUGCCGGUUGGGACUGACAAGUGAAGACUACAGACCUAAUUAAAGAGAUAACAAGUUUUAAUUUUAGUUGCCAAUUCGAUUAAAAUCCGGUAUGUUCUAGGGGCGCGAAAUUCAAAAGUUUGAAAUUUGAGGAUUGUACUUGUAAGUUUGGCGGGAAGAGGUGCUAACCAAGAAGUAGGCUGCACAGAAAGUUUGGAAAAGUGUUGAGUACACAUCGGAUGCGAGUGUUUUUUCAACGCGUUUUCGAGGCUAAGCGCUAGUUGUUUGAACAAGUGUGUUUUCUAAUGGAUUUAUUUUGAGGUCGUAUUCAAAACAUUUGAGUUGUGCCGUACAGUCGUAUGAGGUACGCGCCAGUGGGUUGCCGCAGGGAGCAACAUUAGGUCCAGUGUUAUUGACUUUAUAUGAAAGUUGAUGUGUUGGUGACUGUGAUAGACUUGUUGUGCCAUCUGGAUGUGUCUGCAAAGGGAUGAUGAUGGUGAUCACUUAGAUGAAGCGAGACCAAUGGUGCAGUUACCUUUACUGGGUCCGGAGCCGGCACUGAACUCAAACCCGGGUGGCGCCGCGAAGCCGCCGCUACUCAACGCCUUCGAGCUGGACCGCUGUUUGGACCGAGAGGAGUCCGGCAGGUGGGGUGGUGAAGCGGCGCGGCGACGCCGACGCUCCUCGCCACCACGCCGCGCCUCCCCGCCCAGAGACAAUGAGCCUCUCUCCCUCGCACGGGCUUCAGCCCCAGCGUCACCAACAGGCCCCGGGUCAACCCACUCGAGCCCGGCCCCGGGGUCCCCCACGGGGAGCGCCGGCGCCCCGCGCUCCCCACUGCCGCUGGUAGCACCAGACCUGCUGGCCAUGCAGCUGCUAGACCAACACUCGCAGCUGCAGGCGCUGAUGAAGCAACGACUUUUCCAUCAGCAUCAUAUGCAGAAACAGCACAUGUCGUCGGAGGCUGCUAAGCGGCAGCUGGAGCAAUCCCGGUUGCAGGACCAGAUCAACCUGAACCUGCUCUCGCAGUCUCAUCUGCCGCCCCCGGACACGUCGCCUGGUUCUCUCCAGCAACAGCUGGGCGCGCAACAGCAGCAACUAGUGCAGCAGCUGCAGGCCGUGCAGCGUCAGUACCUGAUGCAUGGACCUCUGUCUGUACCACCCAACGCGCCACCAGGCCUCAUGCUAUGGGGUAGUGAGAUGGAGGAACAUCCUCUGUUCGGGCGAGGAGUCUGCAAGUGGCCCGGCUGCGACGCUCUGGCUGAGGAUUACCAGGCGUUCCUCAAGCACUUAGAGGCAGCUCACACCCUCGACGACAGAUCAGCCGCGCAGGCGCGAGUGCAGAUGCAGGUGGUGGCCCAGCUGGAGCUGCAGCUACGCCGCGAGAGGGAUCGCCUCGCCGCUAUGAUGCGUCACCUGCACGCUGCCAGGGACACCACGCACCAUGCUGCCAAACAUCCGCAUGGCGCUGCGAGCGAAGGAGCUUCCCCGGGACCGGUGCGACGUCGCGUCUCCGACAAAUCUGGGGUCGCUAUCGCUGGAGAGAUCCAACGCAACCGCGAGUUUUACAAGUCGGCAGAUGUGCGGCCUCCGUUCACUUACGCAUCACUCAUUCGCCAGGCCAUAAUCGAGUCUCCAGACAAGCAGUUGACACUGAACGAGAUCUACAACUGGUUCCAGACCACGUUCUGUUACUUCAGACGCAACGCUGCCACCUGGAAGAACGCUGUGCGUCACAACCUGUCGCUGCACAAAUGCUUCAUGCGGGUGGAGAAUGUGAAGGGAGCAGUGUGGACCGUGGAUGAGGUGGAGUUCUACAAACGACGGCCGCAGAGGGCUGCGCACGCGCCGCCGCCGCCCGUGCACGCGGGAUUCAUGGGAGCUCAAAGUCCACCAAUGAUGACCAGCCCUCAUGGCUACAGCGAGGCUUUGAAACGUAACCUGCAGGGCAUGAUGGAAGAUUGCAACUUGUCGUACAUGUCUGGUGAGGACCACAUGAUGCAGGGAGCUGAUGAUUAUCCCUCCUCACAUGACGAUUACAGCCGGCCUCCGAUGAUGAACGGCUACGGCAGCAGCACAUCCUCUCAUGACGUGAAGGCAGAGGAUCUGAGCGCCAACGAGGCUCAAGACAUCAAGCCCAACAUCUACGCUCUGAAAAACGAGAUGCAAGCUUCUGAUUAUUCUAACAAAGCCGACUAUUCGAGCUCCAACAAAGAGUCGUCAAGCAAUCGAUCUGGUGAAACCAGUCCCUACGAUGACUACCCUCGCUCAGAAGACAGAUACCGUGCAACUAUAUCCCACAUCAAAGACGAAGCAGAAAAUCUAUCACUCAACGAACAGAGAUCCGACAAGUAAACGGAUAUAAGUAUACGAAAGUAUACCAUCAUAGUAUAUUCGAAUAUCCAUUCGAGAUACAACUAGUGCGGUCGCGAGAUAUACUAAUAUCCCAUUUGAAUAUUUCUUAUUAAAUUAAUGUAUACAAUGAGAAGUAGAAUUAAUAAAAAGAAUGCGACAAGAUUAAAGUCAAUGAGGUGAGUAUUCAAGCGAGAUAGAAUGUGUUUUUUUAAAUAUAUAAGCGAAAUACGAAAUACAACGCUUUAGGAUGCGAAAGUGUCGACAUAGUAUGCGGCGAAAUUAAUGUUGUAAUUAUCGUGAAAAGUGGUAAAAGUGAUUUGGAAACUUUACAAGUGGUUUGCGUACUUAAAGACGAUUAUAGUUUGCGUAUAAUAGAGUAGUGCUAUAAAUAUCACAGUAUGUAAUACGAUUUAUAUUUACGGGUGUAGAUGUAUUUCAAGUUAUUAGAAGUGUUUUUAAAAGUGUAAUGUGUUCACUGUUGGAUUUUUUAUAAUUAAAAAGAAAAUGGACGAUCUCCAAACGGAAUUGUAAGUUUAGGGUUAACCAAAUAUUUUUUUAUUUUUUAAUUCGCCCGGUUUUAACGGGAAUUCGAAGUAUUAAUAGUUUUUACGAUUUAUUUUUUUAUUGUUUAGUUUUUUUUUCUAGGUUAUUUAAGGUAAGCAUUUCAAAUAUUUGUUAGAGGUAUUUAGAGGUGUAAGUGUUAGGACAUUUUAGAUGAAACGAAUUCCGCUGUCUUAUAGCGCGUCAACGAUAAAUAGGCUUAAAAGGUCCAUAUCAAUAUUAAAUAUAUAAUCAUUAUUUGUAUUUUACAAAUAAUAUUGAACAAUAAGUAGUUGUAUUUGGACUGUUUAUUGUAUUGUAAUGGAUGUUAAAUAACGCCUAGCGUUUCAGUUUUUAUCCGACUGCGGCGAAGAAAAAAAGGAGAGUUAUGUGUUUGACCGCUAUGUACAUGGUUAUAUUAUUUCAAUUAAGGUUGUUUAAACAGCGAAUCUAGUAUAAUAAUUCAUAUUCAUUUUUGACAUAUUUUAUUAUUAUAUUAUCAAAUUUGAAAGAAAAAAAAACGAUUUGAUGUUAUUGAGGAUGUUUUUUUUUUUAUUAUUAUCAUUAUUAUAUUAAGUAAGAGGCUAACAUAUAAAAUGUGAAUCUAAAUAUUAUAUUUUUUAUCAGUCUUAUUCAAUUUAUAGAAUUUAAAAAUAGUAUAGAGCUAUGAGAUUCGCUGUUAUUAUACAACUCUAAAAUGUUACAUCCAAUUUCAUCCAAGUGAGAAUAUUCUACUUAUAUUACAUCGAUAACAGAAUUGCAUUAAGUUAAAGAUCUCAAAAUCCGAUAAACAAGAAUCAAUAGAGAUGAUGUAUUAUUAUCCACAUUUUUUUUUUCAAAAUGGAAUUGAUUUAAAAUUAAAAUUAUUUUUACUUUUUAAUUUAAUUAACGAUCUGAUGAUUAAAAUUAAGAUUAUAUUGUUAGCCCAUUUGAUUUAUGACGAGUGUGCCAUAAUUUUUAAUGGUACUACUUUAUGGAAAUAGCUCGUAAACUAUCAUGGAAUUGCGUUUUUUUUUAAUCUUUUAGAUUAGUUAGUAAGGUGUAAAUAUUUUAUAAAAAAAUUGUAAAUUCUUCGAAAAUGAUAACUUUAGAUGCGUGUAAACGUUGUAUCUACUAUUGCAUAUUAAAUCGUUCAUGUUGUAGAAAAUUAGAAAAAAAAAAUUGUAGGCAAAAUUUUCAUUGUACCUUCAAUUAUAUCUGGUAUUUUUUUUUCAAUACAAAAAAAAUAUAACGUGCAAUUCAGUUCGGUACCAUUCAUAAAGCGCAUUUAUUUUGAAAUAUUCGAAUACCCGCAAGAGACUAUGUAUUCUGGAAUUAAUAUACUUAAAUUAUUAUUAUUAAAAGAGGGUCAAAAUAAUCAUAUCACAUUGUGUAUGUAUAUUUAAAUCUAGUGCUGUAAUAUCGAUGGAUAUGUAAAUGUGUAUUCGACUUUGCAAUAAAUUUCAAAAUAGUGUUAAAAGUCAUAUUAAUCAUAUUUCUUACUUUUCGCCUGUCAUCUUCAGCCCCCGCGACACAGUAACCGCGCCGCGGCUUACACCAAUAGCCGUACGAGGUUUAUCUGCUUAGAUAGCCUUCGCUGCGUCUAUGGUUAGAAGCCGUCGAUAUAAUUCGCGGGAUAAUAAUACAUGCCGCGGGGGCCGAACUCAAAAUUGAAUCAUAAAAUAAUUUCUAUAAAUUGGUUUAAUUCUGAGCUUAUUGUUAUUACAUAAAGUAUACUUAUAACCCAGUCACGAAGGAAGGGUUUUGACACAGAAUACUUACAUAAUGAGUAUUUUUUUUUACAAAAAUGCUAACACUGAGUAUCAUCAUAUAGGUAAGUACUUACUUACCGAUAGAAUUUAUCUUUAAAUGCGAUCCAUAUACUUAGACCAUUUUUAUUGUCACUUAAUUUUUAUUGAAAAUGAUUAGAAACAGGCUGGAAAAGAACAAAAAAAAGUUUUUUUAUUCUGUUUCAAAACCCAUUUUUAAUAAUUAAUAUAAUUGGUUGAGCCAUUUACGUUUGUUCAUAUUUUACAGAGACAUUAAAGUACAAUUUUUAUUCCAUUAAAAAUAUGUGUAUAUUAUGAAUUUCACACCAAUUUUGUGCACACAAUUAAUAUUAUUUGACCACACUUUAAAUAAUUCUGGAAUUGAUAUUGUUAUAAUUAUUAUGGAAAUAAUAAUGAUUAAUUUGUACCGAUUAGCGGUUUUUGCUGUAUGUUAGGCGGGCGAAUCGAAAAUAUGUUUGUCUCUGUCGUGGCUUAUUUGAGGCUACAAAAGUAAAAGAGACAGAAAUAUGUGUAUUUUGGAAUCGCCCGCAGCGGCUGUUUUGGCGCCAAAGUUGAGGCGUGAUUACAUUAAUCAAUCAUUGUAAAUUAUACUUAAUUAGUGUUGUAUUAAACCAAAUCAUUACAAUUAA